AUGCCUCCAAAAAAGAUGGAAAAAACCGUUACGGCAUCUUCAACAACAACCACAUCAAACAGCACCACAAGAAAGAAGCAAACCUCCUCCAACAACGAUACAAAUUCGGGCACUGCUCGAGCUGGUACUAAUGGGAAAAAUCAACAACAAAAAAGGCCCUUGGAAGAUGAGUAUUUGGACAAUGACGAUAACAUUAUUGAUGAUGAUGAAGAAAUUGUUAUCGGAGAGCAAUCGCUUUUAUCAGUGGGGAGUAGUAGCGCGAUAGGCAAAAAUUCCGUGAACAAGAAAUCAUCAUCAACAACAAAAAACAACAACAGCUAUGAUAUGCAUGAAAAAUUAGAACCAUCCCAAAAGAAAACUAAACCCAAUGAAUCAUGCAGUACAAGCUCCAAUGUGAAUAUUUCAAAAACCAACAAGGAGUUACAGAGCUCAGAAAUGGACACUAUGAGUGGCGAUCAACAAGGAUGCUCAGAAAAAACAACUGCUGUUGCAAACUUGAAUGCAUAUAAAAUUGUGGAUGCUCACACAGGAAAGAAAAAGACGAUAGGACCAAAACACAAAAUAACCUCUCUCAAUCAGCUGAAACAUGCUAUUUGUGAAGUAUUCAAACUAAAAUCAGUGAAUGAUAUCGAGUCUAUUCGUAACUUGGAUGAUAAAAACAUAACGGAUGCUGAUUUACAAAUUGCAUCAUCUUUGGAUGGAAAAUCCAACAAGAACGAUCUCAAUGAUAGCACUGUGGUAGUCAUUGACGACACGAACCAAAACAGCUAUUCCACUAAAAAUUUACCACCUACUUCAACGCAUGGAUAUUUCAUACUAACCUUGAAAUCCAAUACCACCUCUGAAAACUCCUCUAAGGUUAAAGCUAAUUUACAAUUAACUGUAGAUAUUGUACCUCAUGUAAAUAUUCUCAUUCAUGGUGGAGACGAAUAUGAUUUUAUAACCGCUUUAGCAGAAGUUAUUGACAACUCCAUUCAAAAUACUGUACUAAAUAAGAAUGACAGAAUUAUAGACAUUCGUUUUGAAAAACCAUCACAUAAUAAUGAAUUUAAAAGCAAGCUGCACAUUUGGGACAACGGUAGAGGAAUGAAUUUCAAAACGCUUGUCAAUUGGGCAACUUUGGGUAUAACAGACGCUCCAGUCGAUGAUGCUCAGAUGUCUGCAAAGACAAAGUCUGAGGUUCCAAGAAGGCGUGUUUUUGACAAAUUUAUAACUUCUGAUUUUAGUAGGUAUGGAGUGGGUUCAAAGAAGGCAAUUUUUAAUCUUGGCGAUCAAGUGACUCUAGUUUCUAAACCAAAAGAUUCUCGUUUUGUUUAUGAAGUCACCUUGUCACGACAAAAAUUAGAGGAAGAUUUUGGCUCUGGAAAAGAUAAACAAUGGAAAGCGGACUGCAUCUCACGUCCACCCUCUGACACUGAAAAACAAUGGGAAAGCUUUACGCACUUCACCAUUUCUGAUAUUAAGAAGGUCUAUGUAGAUCGUUAUGAUGCAAGUCUUAUUAAGAAAAGGCUAGGCCACAUUUACCACUAUUAUAUUUAUGGAACAGAUGGAAAUAAGGAGGGUCGAGACAUUAUCGAAGACGACGAUGAAUUUUCUGAUACUCAAGACGAGCUUGAAGAGGACAGUGUACCUGCCAGCGAUGAAGAUGAACCUACAAAAACAUCCAAAUCUUCUUCCCAACAAAGUAGCACAUCGUCCUCUCAGAAGAGGUCAACAAAGAAGGCUCUCAGUGAUGAAGAAGAUUUUAUCGAUUUCCGUAAACCAAAAAAUGUAAUUAUUAAGGUUGACGGAGUUCCCAUUUCUUCUGAAGAUAAGGAUUUGGAAUCUCUGUAUCUACAGGAAGGAAAGGCUCCAUUCUCGUUUGAGAUAAAAUUGAGCGUGAAAAAUAGUGACAGCGUAGGCACAGGACUGGAGCUGAGUAUGCCAACUCAAAGCUCAGGAAUUUCCAUUGUCAAUAGCACUGUGAGAGGAAUUAUUUAUUACUAUCCAUUUAAACAAGGCCGUGAAACGUUGCCAAUACCAGAGGAACUGUAUUUGGAAGGUGGCAAGUAUGUCCCUACAGAUCAAGAAGUUCCCCUCAGCGAAAGAAAUCCAGGAUUUGAAUGUUUUUGGAAUGGAAGAUUAUUGGCCAAUGAGAAAAUCAAGAAUUUACCAUGGAUGGAAAAGGAGCGAAGUAAUCGUGACAUUCCUGACAAUUGUUAUCGACGAGUGAAGGGAAUGCUAUUUUUUGAUUAUGCUUUUGAAGUUUCUGCAAACAAAAUGUAUCUUUGCAAACAGACGCCUCUAUGUCAGGCGUUAUUGAAUUAUACAGACAGGACUUUGAUGCAACGAUAUCGCAAAUGGAUAAAAGAGUGCCACAAAAAACUCGAUGAAGAAAUCAUUUUUGAUGAGUGUGAUCUUGAAAGAACUCAGAAAGAAGGAAAGGGACUAAAAACAUUCUACAAAAGAAUCAAACAUGGACAAACCUCAUACAACGUUGGAGAUUACGUAGUCAUGAAAACUAGACCUAAAAUUAUUGGCACACUUGUUGACAUGUUUAGAGAUUUGACCUCUGAAGAAUAUACUGUGACCGCAGUGGUUAAGGAAUGGACUCCUGAAAGUCAAAACGAUGAUACAAGCAAGAUUUCUGGGCAAUGCUUUCCAAUAUCCAAAAUUCAGAGCGUCUUAACCAAACAAGAAUUCAAAUCAGAAAUUAGCAAGAUGAAAAACAAAUUACCAAGUUAUAUUGACGUUGUUGACACGCCGAGUGUGAGUGCAAGAGAGAGACGUCCACCUCCUGAUCCAGUCACAGCGGGCUAUGUACUGAAAUACAUCUCAGCGAGCAUUAUGACAGGUGAUCACAAAGUCGUUACCGCUCAAGUAUAUCCUAUAACGCUGACAAUCCGAUAUGAGGGAGAAAAUGAGAAAGAGCAAAAGUUUGAAGCCUCUAUCACUUCCACAAAGGCUUUCAAAAAAGGUAUCCAUUGUUUUAAGCCAUACAAACUCAAGCCAGAGUUCAAUAUAGCUGGUACAUAUCUACUUGAAUUAUCUUCGACAGAAGAUAGUGGAAUCAAAUCCAAAGUUGUGAAAUUAGAUGUGGUUCCUGCUGGGCCAACCGAUCUCAAAAUUUGCAGUGAAAUACCACAAGUUUCAAAGCUGUUCUCUACUCUAAAAGUAGACAAGAAUUUGACAGAAGAUGCUGUGGUGUUUUUCUUGAAGAAGGAGAUUUCACCCAUUGUAAUUGAACAACUGGAUCCUUAUGGAAACUUUGUUCCUUUCACCACAUCUGGAAACCUUUUGAACGAACAGCUUAAAAUCACCACAAGUGACGAUUCUAUUGUGCUGUCGUCCUAUAAUGUGUCGUUUACUAAUGAUAAGAGGCUGCAAAUCAGUAAUUUGUGUAUCACCAAUGCGCACAUUGGAAACGCAAAAUUUUUAAACACCAAAUUGCUUAUUUCGUUUGGAAUUUUGAGCGUGUUGGAGCUGAAAAUAUUUGUAUUGGCUGGAGAAGUUUUCUCAAUUGAAUUAUCAGAGGACUCAAAAGCGAUCUUGAAGAAUAAUUCUGUGAAAAAAACAUUGCCAGAAAUUGAAGCCAGAUUGCUCGAUGAAAUGGGCAAUUGUGUUUUUCUAAAACCAGAAUAUGAUGAAGAUGAAGAGGUUAGUGAGCUUUCUCCACUUCUAAAGGGAGAUGCUCUUAAAGAAGACGUUCGAGGUGUCUUAAAUGUUGAGACAGGAUAUUUUGUGUUUAAAGGAGCAACAGUGCAUUCUGACACCAAUAGUUCACAAAGAAAAGAAACAGAAAUCAUGUUGUGCUGCAACAAAAUUUUCAUCACCAUUCCUCUCACGAUUGAGGCUAUUUCAACAAUCAAGCCAUCCACUUUCAGUUUAAUUCCUCCUGAUACUGAUAAGCAUAUGGUUAAGGAUCGUCAACCAUUGAAAGCAAAUGUUCAAGCCAUUGUUGGAUCAGAAUUGGUGGGAUGGAAACUUGAACUCGGUAAUGAAAUGUACGAAAGAAUGGUUUUUGAUGGUUAUGCCCGCACAUCAUGGAGUAAUGCUAACCUAUUGCCUAUUGAAAGUGGUAUUUGUCUCCUUCCAACGUUGGUGGUGCCCCAAUCGGCAAAAACCACCAAAUAUACAAUUGAUAUUCUCAGCAAGUCUUCCCAAAACGAAGAUUUAAUGCAAGAUGAAGAUGGUGACCAUGAUAUCAACCCUGAAUUCAUCAUUGCAAAUUUUACAAUUCAUUUAAGAAGUGUCAAUGGCGCUCCCUGUAUUUUUAAAAUUCAUAGGAAGAAGCAAGUGUUAGAAACAGUCAAAUGUGAACAACCGUUCUCAAUCAAGUGCUCAAUUAUGGAUGCGUAUGGAAACACUCUCGAUCCUCAUGAGGAUAAGGAAAUAUAUCCAGAGCUAGAACACAUCGAUGCUGAUAUUGAAAUUGUUUCACAAUUGCAUGGCGAAUCUGAAAAAAUCGAAAUUGCCUCACCUGAAAAGAUGAAAAAAAUCACAACGACACAUGGCUAUUUGAAAUUUUGCAAUAUUUCUCUAAUUGGACCAACUGGUGAAUUCCACUUUAAAGUUGUUGAUCGAAGCGGAAAGAUAAAGGAAGACAAGAUUGAACAUGUCAUGCUCGAGCCUGGUCCUCCUCAUUCAUUACGAAUCAAUGAGACCAUUGGAGAAGUUAUUUUUGAUGUUGAAAACCUUGGCUUAACACCUACAUUUUUUGUGACCAGCCACGAUAUCUUUGGUAACAAAAUUUUGUCUCAUGGAACUUACGAAAUUGAGCCUCCAGAAACUGGUAUUGAUAUUGUUCAAUAUGAAGGAGAGAUCAAUCAGUCAAUGUCCCUUAAAGUCGAUGAGGGGCGUGCAUAUAUGCCUCAAUUCUGGAUUAAUGGAGUAGAAGGUCAUCAUAGUUUUUCGAUCCAAUGCCCAAAUACAAAAAUAGAAAGCGCAUAUUUCAAGCUUAAUGUUAAAAAAGGAUCCCAUCCCACUUCUUUAAAGAUUCUUAACAAGGUCAGCCAACUGAAAGCUGGAGAUUUUAUGGAUCCCUUUGAGGUAGUGGUACUUGGAGAAAAUGGACAACCAGUCAAGGCUCCCGCACAGUUGCAUUUAAAUGUUACAGAUCCUCAGGGAAGUGAUAAGAGACAUUUUGUUUCUAACACGUCGAAGAAUGACUUGUCUUAUACAUUUGCAAGUAGCGAAAGAGUAUUCAUCAAAGCAGGAGUGUAUCGCUUCAAAAUUGCCUUAGACCUUUCAAGUUUACCCAGUAUUAUUCCCCUAGGAUUACCCAACUCCCUAACCGAGUUAUUUGAUUUAGUGGUGACACCCGAUGAGCCAGCAGCGUUAGAGAUUGAGAAUGAUACGUUCCAACUCCCAGUUGUCACAAAUUGUGCAGAAGAUAUCGACAAAAGAUCAUUUUGGGAAGAAUUAUCUCUUAAAGUGGUAGACAAACAUUCCAACACGGUCAUUGCUGACGACAAGAUCAAAAAAGUUACCAUUUCAGUUGAGAGAAGUGAAGAGAGUAUGGAUAGCGAGCUACCCGAGUUGGAAGGACAACUCGAGGCCAAAUUCGAGAAUGGUAGAGCCAAAUUUUCUAGAUUGAGUAUUAAGGAAGGUUCUGGAGAAACUGGAUUCUUUAAACUCGUGUUCACAGCAAAACAUCUUCCUCCCAAGGAGCUUGACUUUGCUUUCACUGAUAAUUCCAAAGUACAAGAAGAAGAAAAGGAACUACAACAGAAACGACUAACUUUACUUUCCGAAUUAGACUAUCUGAAACAAGAAAUUAAGAAGGCUCAAGAAAACCAUCAAGAAAAUGAGUACAAGCUCAGUAAUUAUAGAAGUGCUCAACACGAGCUGUUGAAAGCCAUCAAAGAAUUUGAGUUGACUUUUGAAAACGAUGUUCCCAAUUUGGAGAAUACAGAAAAAAUGUUGACCCUUCUCAAAAAGAAGAUUGAAAUCAAAGCUCAAAACAAUAGAAAGACACGAGAAUGCAAUGUUGGUCUCUCCGAAAAUAAGGCCCUGCAAAAAAUCAAACAACUUCAAAAAGAAUCAGAUAGUGGUAUUGUUGGAAUUCUCGGGGAAUUGGGCUAUAUCGACAAUGAAAAACAAAAUGACACCAUUUCGCGAAUGAUUGCCGAUAAGAUGCAAUGCAUUGUCGUUCAAGAUCAAGCAAGUAUGGACAAGGUUCGAAAAGCUCUCGAACCCUUCCCCAACAAAUUACCAAUUCUUCCUCUAGAUAACAUUUUUAAAUGUCCCAAAGGUCUCGAUAAUUACGGUAAACUGAGAUUGGAUCCUAUUGGUGAUAAUGUGGAUGGCUUUGUUGGAUAUGCUGUUAAUUUAAUUGAACUCGAUUCGAGAAAGGACAUGCUUCGACAUGCAUUUUGGAAUAUUCUUGGUCAAACUCUUGUUUUUGAGAGUUUUGAAAAGGGAUUGCAGUUCAGAAAGAAACGACUGGAAACAAAUACCAAUACUCCAAUUAUUAUUUGUUUGGAUGGUGAACGUAUUGAAUCAACAGGAAUUGUGUACGGAGGUGCAAAAUCAAAUGCUCCUCCUGUAUUUAGAUUUGGCCAAACACCAAUUUCUGAAAAUCCUGAAAUCAAGCUUCUCCUAGAAAAGAAGAAGAAAGUUGAAGAAUUUAAAAAGUUAUUGAAAGAAACAAUUUCUUUCGAGAAGGGAGAGUACAAACAAUCAGAACAGGCACGAGACGAAAUCAUUUCAAAACAUCAACCUGAACUUGAGCACAUUGAAGAGGAACUUGCAGCCGUUGAGGAAGGGUUGAGAAAUAUAAGGCAAGGUCUCGUCUUGUCAAAAAAGAAGAAGGCUUCAGGUUACCAAAACACGACUACAAAAAACAAUGCACAACAAAAGAAGGGAGGUGCUGGCUCAAAAUCAACGUCCAAUGCAGAAACACCGAACAAGAAAAAGCACCAUUCAACACCUCCUUCUGAACCCUCUUCACCCAUUCUCUUCUCGCAGUCACAACGUUCUAUGAUGCAAGAACAAGGUGAAAUGGACGACGAUAUUAUUGAGGAGUAUCCAGAGAGUGACCGAGAUGAAAUUGAAGAGUUUCCAUCGGAUCAAGAAGACUCAAGUCCUCGCAAACAACAUAAAUCAAAAAAGAGUGGAAAAGCCAAAAAGGUCACUCGAGAAUCUUCAUCGAGCUCUCAAAAAAAGAAGAAGAAGGAUUGA